AUGGGUACAAAACGAAAGCAGCCUCUUGAGUUGACUAUUGAAAUGAAGAGAGAAGUUUUGGAUUUAAUCGAUAAAGAGCUGAACAACUUGGUUUUUGAGUUUUUCUGUAAAUGUCGUUCGAUCGAUAUUCGAGUCAGUGGACCUAUGUUUCAGUCAAAAGCUAAAGAAAUAGCCGAAAAGUUUGGUAUAGAAGAUUUUCAAACUAGCAAUGGUUGGUUGGAAUCUUUCCGAAGCAGACACAACAUUAAUUUUCGGAUUCUCUGUGGUGAAUCAGCAGCAGCGGAUUUAGAAGUAGCAGCGGAAUGGAAGUCAAAAUAG